AUGGCGUCGGCGGUGUCGAAGCGCCAGCAGGCCCGCAACGAGCGGCAACUCCAGGAGCUAAUUCACAGCGUGCCCGGGAACGACAGAUGCGCAGAUUGCGGCGCAAAGAACCCCGGCUGGGCGUCAUGGAACCUGGGCAUUUUCCUGUGUAUGCGGUGCGCGGCGCUGCACCGCAAGCUAGGGACACAUGUCAGCAAAGUCAAGAGCCUGAGUAUGGAUACGUGGUUGGCGGAUCAAGUGGACAGCAUGAAGAAGGUGGGCAAUGUGCAGAGCAACGCGAGGUGGAAUCCGAAAGGGGUACGAGCAGAUAUACCAGUGGAUGCAGACAUGGUGGACUCGGCGAUGGAGAGGUAUAUUCGGCAGAAGUAUGAGCUACGGACGUUGUCAGACGGCGCGCCAGCGGCGAGGCAGAAUACGGGCAGUACUGGUACGGGUUCCUGGAGCGAGGAGCCGCCCGCUCUGCCUCCGAAACCUGGGAAGAAAUUUGGAUUCAACCUGCGAAGUGCCAGCUCGACGUUUCAUCGGACCAAGUCAGACAAAUUCAUGCCUCCGCUCUCUCCAACAUACACCGGGAGUGAUAGAUCGGCCAAUGGAGAUCCCCCUAGUCCACAGAAGAACAAGCCGAGCCAGUUGUUUGGGAUGAAGAUCACAGGCGUCGGUAACAACUUCGACGCUAAGCUCGCGACGUUACGAGACAUGGGCUUUGGCGACAACAGGAGGAACUCGGAUGUGCUGAAGAGUACGGAUGGAAACCUGGACAGGGCGAUUGAGACGCUGGUACGUGUCGGCGAAGGCAGCAAGGCAGCGUCUAGAGGACCGACGCCUGUACCUCGGACGAUGACGCCUGUAUCUAUGGCGAGCACUGGCAUGAACGGAAUCACUGUAGAGAAGACGAGGCAGCCUGAGGCGAAGGCAAACAAUAACCCCUGGGAGAUCUCGGAACCCCCCCAGAGAGCAGCUACGCAGCCAGUACCACAAGCUUUCGAUCCACCCCGGGCAGCGAGCGCCGGACCGGCAUCGAAUUCGUGGAACCCGUUCCUGGCGCAGAUGCAACCUGAAGCGGGUUUGGAAAACAGCUUUCAGAAGCUACAAGUUUCGCAGACCGGUCCUGAGCAGCAGAUGCAGCAGUUUACUCAGCAGCCACCUGCUGUUCCGCAAAUACCUCAGCAGUAUCAAAGCAACCCUUUCCCUCCGCAGGCGCAGGCGCAGAACCAGGCGACGUUCAACCCGUGGUUAACGCAGCAACAACCAUAUCAGUCUUUCACGACGGACUCAAUGUAUUCGCAGAACCAGCAACCGGCCGCCGCGCAGUCUCAACAGUCUGGCAACCCGUUCCUGAGGAGUACCAGAUCUCAGACCUUCACUCCCAGCAAUCCAUGGGACUCACAGUCUCAAUCGCCAGCGCCCAUGCAACAGCAGCCGAAUCCAUGGGCGACACAAUCGCAACCGCCGCCUCCAGCGGUCCAGCAAUCAAGCAACCCAUUCGGCGCGCCUCCUACGCCCUGGCAAGAGCAGAGUACAGCAUCUCCAGCGCCGAUGUUCGGACAGCAAGAGUACUUCAGUCAACAGCAGCAGUCGUUCGCGCAGCAGCCACAGACACAGCAGUAUCAAGCCCCGCAGACGCAAAACCCAUGGCCACCACGACAGCAGCAGCAGCAACAACCUAUGCAACCCCAGCAAACAGGCAUGCCUCCACCUCAACAGCAGUACCAACCUCAAUACCAGCAACAGCAAUUCCCACCUCAACAGCAAACCCGCCACGACAAAUCCUCCAUCCUAGCCCUCUACAACACGCAACCGCCGAUGCAAUCCUACCGGCCCCUCCAAACCUUACAAGAAGACCCAACUCCACAACUCCAGCCAGCAUUCGAGCAACAGCCUCAGCGCUCCGCUACCAUGCCCCUCGGCAACAUGAACCCGUUCAUGAGCGCCGCACCACAACCACCAGCGGCAGGUCCUCCGCAGACUGCGACGACACAUGGGAUACGGCAUGUGAGCAACGACAGUGUGGAUUUCCAGGGUAUGGGUGGGAGUGGGAGGCAUAGUCCUGAUGCGUUUUCGGGGCUGAGCUCAAGGUAUAUGAGAUGA